AUGGUCCGCUUCAAGAACCGAUACCUCCUCGUCGAGUUCCUCGUCCCCGGCUCCCUCAGCCCCUCUCUCACUCCCGCCGGACCCUCAGACUUGAACGCUUCCUCGACAGAAGUACCAGCCCAGACCGGGGAUGAAGAUGAAAGCGAGGACGAGGACGAGCUUUUGCCUAUACCGACUUUACCCUUCAUGCUGCCUGCCGUCUUGCCCGAGCUCAAGACAGGUGAUAAAGAUGAGGGCGGGCAGGUUGUGUAUAGGGCUAUCAAAAACCUUGUCUUGAGCUUAUUCGGAGAUGAAGGAUGGGGACGGAUAGCCAGCAGUUUCCGAGUCAUCUAUCAUUCUCCCCUCACCACUCUCACUUUCAUCCGCAUAGCUCGUCACCACUACCGCCUCCUCUGGUCAGCCAUAACCCUUUUGACCACCCUGGGCCCCAACAACGUCCCCAUAAUACCACGCGUCCUCGCUGUCUCUGGAACUAUCAAAAAGCUCCAGAACACCGGGACCGCCUAUCAUCGGGCGGUGGUCGGCCAGCUGGUCAGUGCGGGUGCUUCGGGGGCUGCUUUGAGUGGGAAUGGGGGGCUGAAUUGGGAGAGAGAUGUAGAGCGGGAGAGGCAGGAUAUUAGGCGGUUACAGGAGGCUUGA